AUGAUGCACGCCUUGCGGGAUCGUGAUUGGGCGAGCCUGAGGGGUGGGGCCGCAUCUGGGCGGGGAGAGCAAGGAUUCGGGCGAGGCAAACUGGGCGUGAGCGAGGCGGGAGAUCCUUGCUGCACGUGCUCUGGGCAGAUCCACGACUUCCUCCAGCACCUUAAAGGCCGAGUGGCCCGCGAGGCCAUUCAGAGGGUGCUUCCAGCUGGCGCUCCGGGCCCAAGGCGGCGACGGCCACAGAUCCUGGCCCCCAUAGAGGUGUGGACGGAUCUAGCUGAGAAGAUAACAGGCCCGCUCGAGGAAGCCCUGACAGCAGCUUUCUCCCAGGUUCUCACCAUUGCAGCCACAGAACCCCUCAGUCUCCUGCACUCCGUGCCCCCCAAGCCUACGGGAGCCCGUGGAAAGCCACUGCUCCUCAGCGGCGCCAGAGGGCAGGAGGAUCGCGGCCCUGUUGCCUCUGGCCCUGCCCGCCCCGACCCAGCGACCCCUGGCCCCGCCUCUGUGCCCGUUGGCCCCGGCCCUGAUGCCCCCAGCUCUGCCGCUGAAGCGCCUGCCGAGUCUCUGGCCGGCCCCUCCCCUGAAGCAGACCUCACAGUGGACUUCGAGAAGAUCUACAAGUACCUGUCUUUCUCCUCCCGGAGUGGCCACGGCCCAGAGCUCUCAGCAGCUGAGUCAGCUGUGGUCCUUGACCUGCUCCUGUCGCUCCCUAAGGAGCUUCCUCACCUGCCCUGCGCAGCCCUGGCUGAGCACAUGACCAAAACCUAUGUCCACCUCACGGCCCCAGAGCCCAGCCCCUCGGGUGUGAGCCCCGGGCCCAGAGCUGACGAUGAGGGGACUGGUUCCAGGGUGCUGGAGGAGCCUGGCCAGGUCCCCCCUGGAGCCCCAGAGCUGAGAUCAGCCUGGCGAGCAGCCGGCAUCUGCCCUCUGAACCCAUUUCUGGUGCCCCUGGAGCUCCUGGGCCGGGAGGCCUCCCUGGCAAGGUGAGGGCACAGCAGCCAGCAGAUACACGGGCCUCUCAGCCUGGAUCAGUCCACUGGACUGUCCUGAAGGUCCCUGACCCAACUCAGUCACAGCGGAGAAUCGAAGCUGCGUACACGGGGGUUAGCACAUGGAAUCCCAGGACCGUGCACUACAAGCAGGCUGGCUCCCCUAGCCCCACUGUGAGUCUCUGCCUUUGGGGAUGGGGCAGGGCUGGCCCCACCACAUCCCCACCGCUCUCCCUGCCUUCCCCUGCCUAGGCUUCCCUUAUUUUCCUCCUCCACCACUUCCUGUACCCCCAGGCCCAGUAUCCCCCACCCCCUGCAGCUGAUGGCGACACCCCACUCCUCAUCCCUCACCCAGGGUCCUGUGUCCUGGAAUAAAGUGCUUGUCU